CGCAUCAAGGAUGAGACGCUGCAGUACCUCAAGUUCAGCACAAGACAGCUUCUGAAGCAGCACCGGUGUCAGCAUCUGAAGUGCCCCCUUCCCCUUUCUCUCUUCCUGUGCCUGCCGCUGCUCUUCCUCUACAACUCAGGCCAAUACAGGUUAAAAUGUGAAAGAUAUAGUUAGGAAUCACUUACCUCGAACAAAGCUGCAUUGGGUACGAUGACCAGAAUAAAAGCAAUUUGUACAUGCUCCGCCCAAGAUAUUGUUGCUAGGCGCAAGACACUUGGGAGCAGGGGUAGGCCCAAUGUCUUUUUUACAUUGCUUGCAACUUGGAUUCUCCUUCACGUCUACCUCAAAAAUGUAAACGGCCAUAGCCAUCGCGCGCUCAGGUCGGUCCAGGUCCCAGGAAGCCUUGACCAUUUGGGUAUGAGAGAAAUAGACCGCAGGCUCGAAAAGACGUUGGACAACCUAGACACGUUACUACAAAUGAAUAGUUAUCUGCACUGGGACAGGUGGACAUACUUGGUGGGUUGCUAGGUAAGCGGCUACCUUGUUGUAGCGCUUCUGACGCAGC